AUGCUAAGCUAUACUUUUGUACAAAAGUUUGGUGAGGUAAUGAGCCUGAAAAACGGGAAUGUGACUCAAUGUACGCAAUCACAUUGGCCUUUAGUCUCUGAGAUCAGUGGAUCGAUCUCAUUCUUUGGUUCAUUUGUGUCCUUAUUCCCUCAAAUUAUAGAGACAUACAAAGAUAAGAGUGUUGCUGGGCUAUCGCCAUUAUUUCUGUUAUGCUGGCUAUGUGGUGACAUCACAUCUUUAGCAGGGGCACUCAUGACUCAUCAGCUGAUGUUUCAAGUGGUACUAGCAUUAUAUUUCUUAUUAAAUGAUUCCUUUGUUUGUGGACAAUAUUAUUACUAUGGGAUCUUAUACAAAAAUACAUUGGCUACAGUGGGUCAUGAACCUGGUCCUGUGCUGUCACAUUUACCACAUGCCAUUGAGAACAACGGUACUGGUGUCACUACGGAUAACUUAGAGAGCUUGAUAGAUAAUACAACUUUACCAGAAGGUAAUAUGGGGGACAUUGAACGCACAACAUCACGAGGAACUCGAGGAAGUAAUCGUAGUAGACGAAAUUUAUUAAUUGCUGCGGUAUCUAUUGCUAAUCAAGUUCAAAGUGCCAAUGCUUCGAAAGUUCAUACUACAACUAAUAAUCCAGGAAGUGGAAUCGUGUUGUCCUGGUUUGGGGCAUUCUUUUAUGUUGGUGCUCGUAUUCCACAACUAAUCAAGAAUUAUCGUCGUAAAUCUACAGAUGGGUUAUCCCCCUUAUUAUUUGCAACAACUCUGCUUUGCAAUAUUACAUAUUGCUUAUCAAUUUUUACAAGUUGUAGAUUUAUUGACUCCACAGACAAAUGGGCUUUCUUUGAUAACGCUUUACCGUUCAUUAUAGGCAGUGCUGGGACAGUAGUGUUUGAUCUAAUAUAUUUCUAUCAAUACUACGUGUUGUAUUCUACAGACACUAAAUUGAGAGCCAUUGAGCGUGAUAUAUACAAUGAGGAAUCUUACGAGGAUGAUAACGUCGAAGAUGGUGAAGACACACCAUUGUUGAGAACAUAG